GGUAGCCCUCCCCUGUGCCUUCGAGCUCCCGCUGCCUUCAGCGACUUCAGGCGGCCGGGGCGGCGACGGGUAAUAAGAGCGGGUGGUGUUCAAGCGUGUUCUGGUGUUGGACGAUAAAGUGCAAAGUUUCCCGAGGGGACUGUGCGCGGGGGCACGAUCGAGAUGAAGAUUUGAGCCAGUGAUCGAAAACGCUGUGGCCGAGGACGAGGAGAAUUCGGUGAUCGAACUCGCCGAAAUAGUGGGCAUCGUUCUUUUCGUGCAUGGGACACGAUCUCGAUGCGGCCCCCACUUUACAGCUGACCUCAUCUCCCGAGAGGCGGGACGACAGCGGACGAUGUCCCCCGCGCCCUGGCACUCACUACGACGUAGUAGCUCGGUCAGCUGACCGCGACGACGACGACGACGGCCACAGGCGCUGCUGCAGUAGAAGGGCCGAGCUGCCGACUGGAAGCUGCAGUCCUGCACGCCAUGCAUCAUCACCGCGACGGCCAGUGCGGACACGUGAAGAAUCACGGUGCCCCGAUGAAUCCACAACGAAUCGGCGCUGACAUACAUCGAUCUCCUGCGUCGCCAAUAAUUUCCGGUCGAAGAUCAUGAAAGAGCAAUCUGUACGGGCAGCAAAAGCUGCGGCUGUGAGCGCUUUCCCGCAGCAGAGAAGCCCUGCAGCGGCCGCAGGCUCGAAUGUGGCUUGUGUAAGAUCAUGAACCCAGCCGAGCUCCAUUGGUCGUGUGCAAUCUCUCCAAAGCUGCAGCUGCCACCUCCUCGAUGACCGCUUCUCGUCCAGGCUCCAGAGCCCAUGAACUACAGGUGAUGGUGUCCUGCUUGCGUGCCUGCCUGCGCUGCGUCUGCUGCUCUGGGCAGGGCAGUCGUCCACACUGACAGGGCGUUUGCGUUAUCGACUGUCAGCACCACUUCCGUUCCACUUCCCUCCCCCCUGCCGCUAGUGCUGCUGCUGCUGCAAAGGUACCUUUGAGAGGUACUUCACCACGGGUUCAAGGAUGAGGUGAAUAUCCAUGGCCUGGUGCAGAGGCGAGGGCUUGUAUACGACGGGGUUUAUGUGUUGGAGCUUUGUAAAAGUUUGUGUCCGUGCUGAUUGAUGGUGGAGGGAGAUACAGAGAAGUGAGGCCUGUCAUGCAAGCCCACGCUGUGUCAGUUAGCUGGAAGCAAUUAGACGAAGGCCUUGGAUGGCAUGGAAUGGAACGGAACUGUAUGCAAGAGCUUUCGUCAUGUUUCUGAUGCCGGUCCGAAAGUUGGGAGGUAACGACUUUCUGCACUAGCGUGGUCACAUUUCAAGUCUCCAUGUGCCCCCCCAUACCACAAACUGCAAGAGUCUCUCAGAGCUCGUUGUGUCAUCAGCCGUGAAUCAUCUCUUGAUCGUCCUUGUAGUUGGAGGUACAGAGUUCUGACGAGUCAAAUCAGGAUCAGUCCUCAUUUGACUGAUCAAAAACUCCAGAUAUAAAGAAAGGAAUUACUUUCCAGCCCAGGACCCUUUUCUUCAGGACACAGCAGAGCUUCUCUUUCCCGAGCUCAGUCCGUCGCAGCUCCAAGAGCAGAUUCGAGCCGUAUAACAAAUGCUUGGAGUCAACAGCUUCAAAUACACUUCUCAUGGUUCUCUCACGGUUGAGAUUUACACAUGAUAUCAUCCAAUCUACGAAAUCCUGACUCGGUCGUUCUUGUCAUAAUCGAUUAAAUUUCAGUACACUUUCAGGAUCUGAUUCGUGAAGAUGGGGCUCGGUGUUCUUACACCAAAGGCAGCCGUUGAUUGGAAUCGACGCGAGGUGUAAUCUCUUGGAGAGGAUGUGGAAUAUGAAAUGGAUCCUGAUCUCUCUCUACCUUGACAGCCGAUCAUCGUUCUUACUGUGUGAGAAAGAGUGAGGGCGUCCAGCGAGCUUAUGGUGAAUCAAAAAUUUACUCUGUCGAAAGAAUCCUUCUUGGACAGCGAAGCAUUAAUAUUUCGUUGUGAUCGGAAGAUUCGCAGCUU